CCGCCACUGUAGCGAGUCACUGUAUCCAGUGUGACUGUAUCCAGCGGGCUCGCUGCCCUGAGCAGGCGGCGGCGGCCGCGGUCCAUUGAUGGUGCAUCUUGCAGCCGCCCCAAGGGGACACCGAGGCUCCCUCCCCGCUCGCCAGCAGAUCAGCAUGUCGGUGGCCGGCUUCAAGAAGCAAUUCCAUAAAGCCAGCCAGUUUGUCAGCGAGAAAAUGGGUGGAGCUGAAGGAACAAAACUAGACAAUGAUUUUGUGGAGAUGGAACGGAAAAUAGACGCUACGAGUAAAGCUGUGGCUGAUGUUCUGUCUAAAACAACUGAGUACUUGCAACCGAAUCCAGCCUACAGAGCCAAGUUAGGGAUGCUCAACACGGUGUCAAAGAUCCGAGGACAAGUUAAAACCACGGGCUACCCGCAGCCUGAAGGCUUGUUGGGAGAAUGUAUGCUGAGAAAUGGAAAGGACCUCGGAGAUGAUUCCAAUUUUGGGCCGGCUCUGGUCGAUGUUGGUGAAGCACUGAAACAAAUGGGGGAAGUGAAGGAUUCCCUGGAUAUCGACGUAAAGCAGAAUUUUAUUGAUCCACUGCAAAUUUUACAAGAAAAAGACUUAAAAGAAAUUGGACAUCAUUUAAGAAAGCUGGAGGGCCGUCGCCUAGAUUACGAUUAUAAAAAGAAACGUCAUGGUAAAAUCCCCGAUGAGGAGAUCAGACAAGCGGUGGAUAAGUUUGACGAGUCCAAGGAACUCGCUGAGAUCAGCAUGUUCAACUUCCUGGAAAAUGACGUAGAGCAAAUCAGUCAGCUCCUUGCUCUAGUGGAAGCCACACUGAGCUACCACAAAGAAUCCACUACAAUCCUGGAGCAGCUUCACGGCACACUACAGAGCAGGAUCAGCAUAGUCUGCAGCCGUCCGAAGCGUGACUUCAGGCCUAAGCCUGCAGUUGCCUCAUCCUUUGAGCCUAUUGACAACCCACAACACAAUGGUCUUUCGUACAAUUCCUCCUUCAAGUCAUCUGCUUCCUCGACACAAGUGGACCAGCCCUGCUGUAAAGCUGUCUAUGACUUUGACCCUGAGAAUGAAGGAGAACUUGGAUUCAAGGAAGGUGACAUCAUCACUCUUACAAAUCAGAUUGAUGAAAACUGGUUUGAAGGCAUGUCGAGCGGCGAAUCCGGCUUCUUCCCCAUUAAUUAUGUGCAGGUGAUUGUUCCAUUGCCGCAGUGAAACCGACCCAAUUUUGUAAAUGCCCGGAUACAGAACACAGACAUUUCAUCAGUGUGGCAUUCCGUGAAAGCCUUGCUCUUUGAUUGACUUUUGUACGUCUUCUAUUUGUCUAUUUAUUUUUUUACAUGUUCCAUUUGUACUGAAGAUGUUUAUGUCUUUUUGCUACAAGAGUAAUUGCAAAUCUUACCUAUUUCUGCCAGCAAGUUCACAGUUUCUAAU